UGCACUCAAUAUGCGUUUCUUCGUGCUUGCUUUGUUUUUGAAUCUGUGCUGUGUACUCGGCUCGCCUGCAGUGCGACGCGCAGACACUGCCACACCUACCUCUACCUUGCAGUCAUCUUCCACUACUCCGUCCGCCGCUGCAACUUCACAAUCUUUCUUGUGGAGUAAUGGCCAGAAUACGUCAUACGGUGGCUACUACCCCGAGUGGGAUGUUUGCCCAGGAGUAGGCACGACAUGCGAACAAGCUUGUGGUCUUGGAGCCGUGAAAUGUGGCUCCUAUAGCGACACCUGCUAUUUCCCUCGUCUAGGUGAUACAUGCUGCAGCGAUACUGGAGUAUCAUGCUGGGCUGGCACAACAUGCGCCUAUAUUGAGGUCGACUACGAUACCAACUACUUUUGCUGCUCCGAAGUCAGUUAAUGUGUUUUGUGUAGCAGCAGAUCGUUAAUCGUUUGAAUACAGGAGGAAUCAGAAGAGGAAUGUGCAUCGCUCCAGAGUACCCCCGUCGAGUUCUUGACACCGCUACCAAAUCCCACUUCGUCAUAUCCCUCCAGCGCAACUGG